GUACCGCGCACGUGACGUCAUGUCACCUGUUGCCGCGUGACGUCACGAGAAACCAGGAAGCUGCCGAUCCGCGUUGCGCGCUCACUGAGAUCCGAGGGAAAAACCCUGAGGAUCCGGAGGAAAAUCCACGGGGAGAGAGACACGCAAACUCCAAAUGUACAUCCUUAAUACAGAAUUGGUGUGAUGGAGCAAAGACACUCAGCGCAGCUCGGUACAAAAAGACAACAAUGUGACCAGUAUGCAAACAGCACAGAUCAUCCUGGAAACUUGACACAGCACCAAAGAACACACACAGGAGAGAACCCUUUCAAGUGCACUGUGUGUGAGAAGGCAUUUGCACAUCCAUCACUUCUUCAGAGGCACCAGAGAACACACACGGGAGAGAAACCCUUCAAGUGCACUGUGUGUGAGAAGGCAUUUGCACAGUCAUCAGUUCUUCAGAGGCACCAGAGAACACACACAGGAGAGAAACCCUUCAGGUGCACUGUGUGUGAUAUGACAUUCGCACAUUCAUCACAUAUUCAAAGACACCAGAGAACACACACAGGAGAGAAACCCUUCAGGUGCACUGUGUGUGAUAAGGCAUUUGCACAGUCACCACAUCUUCAAAGACACCAGAGAAUACACACAGGAGAGAAACCCUUCAGUUGCGCUGUGUGUGAGAAGGCAUUUGCAGACUCUGGAAACUUGACACAGCAUCAGAGAACACACAUAGAAGAGAAACCUUUCAAGUGCACUGUGUGUGAGAAGGCAUUUGCACAGUCAUCAGGUCUUCAGAGGCACCAGAGAACACACACAGGAGAGAAACCCUUCAGGUGCACUCUGUGUGGGAAGGCGUUUACAGACUCAUCACAUCUUAAAUUACACCAGAGAACACACACAGGAGAGAAACCCUUCAAGUGCACUGUGUGUGAGAAGGCAUUUGCACAGUCAUCCGUUCUUCAGAGGCACCAGAGAACACACACGGGAGAGAAAUCUUUCUGGUGCAUACUGUGCGGGAAGGCGUUUGCAUUGUCAUCACAUCUUCAAAGACACCAGAGAACACACACGGGAGAGAAACCCUUCAGGUGCACUGUGUGUGAUAAGGCGUUUGCACAGUCAUCAGAUCUUCCAAGACACCAGAGAAUACACACGGGAGAGAAAUCUUUCUGGUGCAUACUGUGCGGGAAGGCAUUUGCAUUGUCAUCACAUCUUAAAUUACACCAGAGAACACACACAGGAGAGAAACCCUUCAAGUGCACUGUGUGUGAGAAGGCAUUUGCACAGUCAUCUGUUCUUCAGAGGCACCAGAGAACACACACGGGAGAGAAAUCUUUCUGGUGCAUACUGUGCGGGAAGGCGUUUGCAUUGUCAUCACAUCUUCAAAGACACCAGAGAACACACACGGGAGAGAAACCCUUCAGGUGCACUGUGUGUGAUAUGGCGUUCGCACAUUCAUCACAUCUUCACACCCACCAGAGAAUACACACAGGAGAGAAACCCUUCAAGUGCAGUGUGUGUGGGAAGGCAUUUUUAGAUUCAACUAGUCUUCAAAGACACCAAAGAACACACACAGGAGAGAAACCUUUCAAGUGCACUGUGUGUGAGAAGGCAUUUGCACGGUCAUCAUCUCUUAAGAGCCACAGGAGAACACACAAAGGAGAGAAAUCCUUCAAGUGCACUGUGUGUGAGAAGGCAUUUGCACAGUCUAAAGUUCUUCUGAUCCACCAUAGAAUACACAGGGGAGAGAAACCCUUCAAAUGCACUGUGUGUGGGAAGGCAUUUUCAGAUUCAUCUACUCUUAAAAAACACCAGAGAACACACACAGGAGAGAAACUUUUCAAGUGCACUGUGUGCGGGAAUGGAAACCUGACACAGCACCAGAGAACACACACUGGUGAGAAGCCCUUCAAGUGCAUUGUGUGUUGGAAGUCAUUUGCAUGUUCAACACAUCUUCGGAUCCACCAGAGAACUCACACAGGAGAGAAACCAUUCAAGUGCACUGUGUGUUGGAAGUCAUUUGCACAGUCAACACAUCUUCAGAUCCACCAGAGAACGCACACAGGAGAUAAACCCUUCAAGUGCAUUGUGUGUGGGAAGGCGUUUGCACUUUCAUCUGCUCUCAAAAAUCACCAGAGAACACACACAGGAGAGAAACCUUUCAAGUGUGCAGUGUGUGAGAAGGCAUUUGCACGGUCAUCAGUUCUUCAGACCCACCAGAGAACACACACGGGAGAGAAACCCUUCAAGUGCACUGUGUGUGACAUGGCGUUUUCACAGUCAUCAGCUCUUCAGACCCACCAGAGAACACACACGGGAGAGAAACCCUUCAAGUGCACUGUGUGUGAGAUGGCAUUUUCACAGUCAUCAGUUCUUCAGACCCACCAGAGAACACACACGGGAGAGAAACCCUUCAGAUGCACUCUGUGCGAGAAGGCCUUUGCAGAAUCAUCUACUCUUAAAAUACACCAGAGAACACACACAGGAGAGAAACCCUUCAAGUGCAGUGUGUGUGAGAAGGCAUUUUCAGUUUCAUCUAGUCUUAAACAACACCAGAGAACACACACAGGAGAUAAACCUUUUAAGUGCACUGUGUGUGAGAAGGCAUUUGCACGGUCAUCAGCACUUCAGACCCACCAGAGAACACACACAGGAGAGAAACCCUUCAAGUGCACUGUUUGUGAGACUGCGUUUGCACGUUCAUCAAAUCUUCAAAGACACCAGAAAACACACAUGCAUUGGAAGACCCCCAAGGAGUGGAGUCUGAAAUCGGCUUGUGAAAGUCAAAGUGCUGCAAUUAGCCCAUCCCUCAUGAAACAAGAACCAGAAGUAAAUCCCAGUUUGGACACUUGGAAAGAUAUCAUAGUGAAAUAUGAAGAGGCGAAGGUGAAAUGUGAAGUGACAGUGAAGAGCGAAGAAGUGAACGUAAAAUGUGAAUAUGAAGAUUCAACUCCAAAUUUGGAUAUUCACAUCGAUGGAGGCAACGUGAAGCAGGAGCAGAAUUCUGAGGCAGAGCGAGGCAUCUCCCAGCAGUUUGUGGACGUGGAGGUGUGGUUGGACUUCUUAGAUAAUACAAAGUCAAAUGGAGACCCGGUAGAUGUGAUGGUGUGGAUUUUUUUUCUGCCUGCAGCUGGCGCUUCCUUUGCCUCUUUGCUCUGCAGAAUUGAUCUGAUGGAGCAAAGGCACUCACCGCAGCUCGGUACAAAAAGGCAUCAAUGCGACCAGUGUCCAUACAGGACGGAUCGUCCUAGAAACCUGACACAGCACCAGAGAACACACACUGGUGAGAAGCCCUUCAAGUGCAUUGUGUGUUGGAAGUCUUUUGCAUGUUCAACACAUCUUCGGAUCCACCAGAGAACUCACACAGGAAAGAAACCAUUCAAGUGCACUGUGUGUUGGAAGUCAUUUGCACAGUCAACACAUCUUCAGAUCCACCAGAGAACGCACACAGGAGAUAAACCCUUCAAGUGCAUUGUGCGUGGGAAGGCGUUCGCACUUUUAUCUGCUCUUAAAAACCACCAGAGAACACACACAGGAGAGAAACCUUUCAAGUGCGCAGUGUAUGAGAAGGCAUUUGCACGGUCAUCAGUUCUUCAGACCCACCAGAGAACACACACGGGAGAGAAACCAUUCAAGUGCACCGUGUGUGAGAUGGCGUUUUCACAGUCAUCAGCUCUUCAGACCCACCAGAGAACACACAUGGGAGAGAAACCCUUCAAGUGCACUGUUUGUGAGAUGGCGUUUUCACAGUCAUCAGCUCUUCAGACCCACCAGAGAACACGCACAGGAGAGAAACCCUUCAGAUGCACUCUGUGCGGGAAGGCAUUUUCAGUUUCAUCUAGUCUUAAACAACACCAGAGAACACACACAGGAGAGAAACCCUUUAAGUGCGCUGUGUGUGAGAAUGCGUUUGCACGUUCUAGAAACUUGAUACAGCACCAGAGAACACACACUGGUGAGAAGCCCUUCAAGUGCACUGUGUGUUGGAAGUCGUUUUCAUGGUCAACGCAUCUUCGGAUCCACCAGAGAACUCACACUGGAGAGAAACCAUUCAAGUGCAGUGUGUGUGGGAAGGCGUUUGCAUGGUCAACACAUCUUCAGAUCCACCACAGAACACACACCGGAGAGAAACCCUUCAAAUGCAAUGUAUGUGGGAAGGCGUUUGCACUUUCAUCAACUCUUAGAAAACACCAGAGAACACACACAGGAGAAAAACCUUUCAAGUGCACUGUGUGUGAGAAGGCAUUUGCACGGUCAUCAGUUCUUCAGACCCACAAGAGAACACACACAGGAGAAAAACCUUUCAAGUGCACUGUGUGUGAGAAGGCAUUUGCACAGUCAUCAGUUCUUCAGAGCCACCAGAGAACACACACAGGAGAGAAACCAUUCAGGUGUACUCUGUGCGGGAAGGCGUUUGCACAGUCACCACAUCUUCAAAGACACCAGAGAACACACACAGGAGAGAAACCCUUCAAGUGCAGUGUGUGUAGGAAGGCAUUUUCAAGUUCAUCUACUCUUAAACAACAUCAGAAAACUCACACAGGAGAGAAACCUUUCAAGUGCUCUGUGUGUGAGAAGGCAUUUGCACGGUCAUCAGUUCUUCAGAGCCACCAGAGAACACACACAGGAGAGAAACCCUUCGGGUGCACUGUGUGCGGGAAGGUUUUUGCCGAGUCAUCACAUCUUACAAUACACCAAAGAACACACACGGGAGAGAAACCCUUCAGGUGCACUCAGUGCGGGAAGGCAUUUGCAGAGUCAUCACAUCUUAAAAUACACCAGAGAACACACACAGGAGAGAAACCCUUCAAGUGCAGUGUGUGUGGGUUGACAUUUUCAGAUGCAUCUACUCUUAAAAGACACCAGAGAACACACACAGGAGAGAAACCUUUCAUGUGCACUGUGUGUGACAAGGCAUUUGCACAGGCAUCAGUUCUUCAGAGCCACCAGAGAACACACACAGGAGAGAAACCCUUCAAGUGCACUCUGUGUGGGAAGGCGUUUACACAGUCAUCAAAUCUUCAAAGACACCGGAGAACACACACGGGAGAGAAACCCUUCAAAUGCAAUCUGUGCGGAAAGGCGUUUGCACAUUCAUCACAUCUCCAAAGACACCAAAUGACACACAGAACUCACGCAGGAGAGAAACCCUUCAAAUGCACUGUCUGUGAGAAGGCAUUUGCAUGGUCAUCAUUUCUUAAGAUCCACCAGAGAAUACACACAGGAGAGAAACCCUUCAAGUGCACUGUGUGUGAGAAGGCAUUUGCACAGUCAUCAGCUCUUCAGAGCCACCAGAGAACUCACACAGGAGAGAAACCAUUCAAGUGCACUGUGUGUGGGAAGUCCUUUCCACAGUCACCACAUCUUAUAACACACCAGAGAACACACACAGGAGAGAAACCCUUCAAGUGCAGUGUGUGUGGGAAUGCAUUUUCAGAUUCAUCUACUCUUAAAACACACCAGAGAACUCACACAGGAGAGAAACCAUUCAAGUGCACUGUGUGUGGGAAGGCGUUUACACAGUCAUCAAAUCUUAAAACACACCAGAGAACACACAGUGGUGAGAAAACUUUCAAGUGCACUGUGUGCGAGAAGGCGUUUGCACGGUCAUCACAUCUUCAAAGACACCAGAGAGCACACACCGGAGAGAACCCCUUCAAGUGCAGUAUGUGUGGGAAGGCAUUUUCAUGUUCAUUUACUCUUAAACAACACCAGAUAACACACACUGGAGAAAAACCAUUCAAGUGCACUGUGUGUGAGAAGGCAUUUACACGGUCAUCAAAUCUUCAGAGCCACCAGAGAACUCACACAGGAGAGAAACCAUUCAAAUGCACUUUAUGCGGGAAGGCGUUUACACGGUCAUCAGUUCUUCAGAGCCACCAGAGAACGCACACAGGAGAGAAACCCUUCAAAUGCACUGUCUGUGAGAAGGCAUUUGCAUGGUCAUCAUUUCUUCAGAUCCACCAGAGAACUCACACAGGAGAGAAACCCUUCAAGUGCACUGUGUGUGAAAAGGCAUUUGCACAGUCAUCAGCUCUUCAGACCCACCAGAGAACACACACAGGGGAGAAACCCUUCAAGUGCAGUUUGUGUGGGAAGGCAUUUUCAUCUUUAUUUAUUCUUAAACAACACCAGAGAACACAUACAGGAGAGAAACCCUUCAAGUGCAGUGUGUGUGGGAAGGCAUUUUCAGUUUCAUCUAGUCUUAAACAACACCAGAGAACACAUACAGGAGAGAAACCCUUCAAGUGCAGUGUGUGUGGGAAUGCAUUUUCAUCUUCAUCUACUUUUAAACAACACCAGAGAACACAUACAGGAGAGAAACCCUUCAAGUGCAGUGUUUGUGGGAAUGCAUUUUCAGAUUCAUCUUCUCUUAAAAAACACCAGAGAACACACACAGGAGAUAAACCCUUCGAGUGCAGUGUGUGUAGGAAUGCAUUUUCAGAUUCAUCUACUCUUAAAACACACCAGAGAACACAUAGUCAUCAGAAGGAGUUGAGUCUGAAAUCGGCUUGUGAAAGUGCUGCAAUGAGCCCAUCCCUCAUGAAACAAGAACCAGAAGCAAAUCCUAGCUUGGACACUUUUAAAGGAAUCAAGGUGAAAUGUGAAGAGGUGAAUUUGAAAUUUGAAGAGGUGAUAGUGAAGAGCGAAAAAGUGAAGGUUAAAUGUGAAGAUGAAGAUUCAACUCCAAAAUCUGACCUUCACAUCGAUGGAAGUAACGUGAAGCAGGAGGAGAAUUCUGACUCUGAUGCAGAGCGAGGCAACUCCCAGCAGUUUGUGGAAGUGGAGGUGUGGCUGGACUUCUUAGACAAUACAAAGUCAAAUGGAGACCAGGCAGAUGUGCAAGCUUGAGGCACAUGCCUUUCAUGAAAAGAAUGUGAAGUUGAACACUCAAUUCCUAGGUUCAACCUGCAGAGUAAGAGCAGCCAGUAUUUGUGGACCUGUGGGUUGGGUAGAUCUCUAACCAGGAGCAAGAGCCAAUAAGCUCCCAAGCAUUCACUAUGUUAUAAUAAUAUUUACAUUUAUAUGGUGCUUGUUUCAUUGCGUCAGUUACUCGGAGUUUUGUAUAAUAUCUCAUCACACACUCGAAGGGCGUCUCCAAGUAGCAGCUGCCCCUGUGUGGCAUAAGGUGGCCCUGCAUCAGCCUGCAUGUGGGCAUGAGUCUGUCAGUAGGGGGCGAUGAUUGAUCUGUUAUCUCAGUUGUGUAACACUGGUCUACAAUUUUUUUAGACGACCUCUGCUUGAGAGAUGAAAUGUGCUGUUUAUUAUGGAGUUUUACGCGCUGAUUCAAAUGAUAAAACAACUUAUUGGCUACGGUUCCCAGGAUAUAGUUUUUACAUUAUACGUCUAUGUAUAUUGUGUUGAUUGUAGAGUUUUACUCAUAAAUUGUAAACCUCGGUCUUUUCAUGUAUUUAUGGUUGCUUUAUAUGAUCACAUGCCACUUGUCUUGUUCAUGUGACACUUAAAAAAUCUGUAAAAAGGAUAUAUGACUCUAAUUAUGAAACAAAACGCAAAACUAUUAUGUGUAUAAAAGUACAUAGUUUAUUCUUCAUUCAGUGUCUACUUGGUACUUCUUGGCUUGUCCCUUGUAUUCAUUAAAUGGAGCAUCUCUUGUCACUGUC